AUGGUUAUAGGCCAGGCGACCUAUCCCGAAGGAAGUGACACGCCUAAAGGUCUGCAGGACGAACUGCCAGAGUCGAAAGAAUACGACGUUGAUGGUUAUGCCAACGGUCUGAAUCGCGAUACCCUUCCGUACUACGCUUCAGUAGAUGUGUAUCAAAGAGCAGUUGAACGGAUAUACACAGAAUGUGAUCAGAUAUCCUAG